GUUUGACCUGAGAGGCCCAGACAAGCAUUCCUUUCAAAGUUAUUUAGAGGUUACUAACCAGGUCAAGCUUGAAUCAGUCCAUUGCGUAAUGUCUAACAACGUUCAAGGAAAGAACCAGCUGAACUGCUACCUGCUUCUGUGAGAGCGGUUUUCAACGCCGUCUUCUAACCCCGUCGGUUAUGCAGGCAGAUUGAUCUCCAAAAAGGAAAGUUAUGCAGGCAGCACGCCAUCGAGCGCUCAGCACGGGCCAUGGAGGAGGCCUCUCUGCAUCCAACCAUGAGUUCCAGACAGGUCCUGUCAUCUCCAGGGCAUCCACCUAUGGAACUCGUCCCAGUGUGCCUGGGGAGAAGGCCAGGAGCGGAGGAUCAUUCUGGGAAGAAGCUGCUACGAUGAUUGCCGGAGCAUGCACAAACUGCUUCCCACCUCGCCAACCUAAAAUUAGGGAGGGCCAUGUCAAAUCCUCAGAAGAUGCUCAUGAUUUGUCGACUAGUUCCACAGUCUCGAGAAUUUCAUCGGUAAGCAGCACCAGCACUAGUCAAGACAAGGCAUGGCAAGACCAGUUCUCAUAUCAGGAAAUUUGCCUGGCUACUUCAAACUUCAGUGAACAGAACAAAAUUGGGAAAGGAAAUUUUGGCUCUGUGUACAAGGGGAAGCUCAGGGAUGGAUCCAUCAUAGCCGUAAAGAGAGCUAAGAAGAAUAUGUUUGACAGGAACCUAUCUGCAGAGUUCAGGAGUGAAAUCCAGAUAUUGUCAAAGGUUGAACACUUAAACUUGGUGAAGUUUCUUGGGCAUCUUGAGCAUCAGGAUGAGCGCUUAAUUCUGGUUGAGUAUAUCAGCAACGGAACACUACGUGAACACUUGGAUGGAUCAAGAGCGGAACCAUUGGAAUUUUCACAGCGUCUCAACAUUGCCAUCGACAUAGCUCAUGCUAUUGCCUACUUACAUGGAUACACAGACCACCCAAUCAUACACCGUGAUAUCAAGUCGUCCAACAUUCUCCUAACAGACCAGCUGAGAGCAAAGGUGUCCGAUUUCGGCUUUGCGCGCCUAGCCGCAUGCGACACUGAAGCAACUCACGUCUCAACAAUGGUGAAGGGUACGGUAGGAUACGUCGACCCCGAGUACCUGCGCACGAACCACCUCACCGACCGCAGCGACGUCUACUCCUUCGGCGUCCUCCUCGUCGAGCUCAUCACCGGCCGACGGCCGGUAGAGCGCAACCGCGGCCGGCAGCAACGUCUCAGCACGCAGUGGGCGCUGCGGAAGUGCAGGGAGGGUGACGUGGUGGUGGCGAUGGACCCCCGGAUGCGCAGGACCAGCGCGGCGGUUGCGGCCGUGGAGAGGGUGAUGGCGCUGGCGGCCGAGUGCACGGCCCCGGACCGCGCGCCGCGGCCGGCCAUGCGGCGGUGCGCCGAGGUGCUCUGGUCCGUCAGGCGCGACUUCCAGCACCAGCACGAGCAGCAGCGCGCCGCGGUCGCGGGAGCAGGAACGAGGCGGCGAGAUGUGUCCACCGCCACGUAAGGCCCGUCGGGUUUGGAACAGCAGCAAAGAUCGGGAUGUUUGUCACUUUGUCUACGCGGCUAUGAACAUGACUUGAAUUUUUUGUCAGUUUUGCCGCUAGUGUCACACUACUAAUUUUGUCAUUAAAAGUUUUAACUAUUCAAAAAUGUCAUCCUUUUAAGCAUGUUCUAAAACAUGUCAUCCACUGCUAUAUUCUAAUCAAAGGUCAUGGAUGGCUGUGCAAUGACCAAAA